ACCAACCUAAUCUUGAAGAAGACGAAGAAGGAAGUGGAUCAAAACAUUGGAGGGAACGUAAAUAUUCUGAGAUCUUCUGUUGAUAAUGACAACAUACUAUAGCAAGACCUGCUGCUGUUUUUUUGGUUCUGGGGGGUUUGAGACUGGUGUGGCCGCACAACCUACCUUGUGUCAGCAGCCAGAUCACCAUGGCGAAGAGGAGGAACCUGUCCAACCUGGUGGUGUUGUGUGAGUGGGCGUCCUGCACCUUCAAAGGCCGCGAUAUGGAGGAGGUCAGCGAACACAUGUCACUGCACCUGAAGGAUCACCUAGGAGACAGAGAUGCUAUGGAGGAACUAGAUGACUAUGCGUGUCUGUGGGAGGGCUGUGAGUUCCUGGCUAUGGGCAGCCCCAGGGAGCUGGAGAUCCACGCACACUUCCACACCUUCCACAGCAAACUCAAGUUCAUCGGGACGCAGCUGCUCAAGUCCCACCCCAACUUCCCCAGCUGCACCCAGGAUCUCCACAGCAACAACCUGGUCCCUGAGAUCUCAGAGGGACUCGUGUGCCAGUGGGAGCACUGUGAUAGUACAUUUAACAACCCGGAGUGGUUCUAUCGGCAUGUGGACAUGCACACUCACUGCACUGGGCUCUCUCCUCUCCCAGACCAGCAGCAGGCCAUCUUCUGCAGCUGGAAAGGUUGUGAUGCAUUCUUUAAGAUCAAGUACCGUCUGCGGGAGCAUCUGCGCAGCCACACUCAGGAGCGCCUGGUGGCCUGCCCCACCUGCGGCUGCAUGUUCUCCAGCAACACCAAGUUCUUUGACCACAUCCAAAGACAGGCUCAGCCAGAGGGUGAAUGGGCUCAGCUCUGCCUGGCCAGAGAAUCCCUGGUGUGUGAGCAUUGUGACAAAGGCUUUGCCAAUGAGAGACUGUUGAGAGACCACGUACGACAGCAUGUGAACCAUAUCAAGUGUCCCCUGUGUGACAUGACCUGCACCUCUCUCGCCACUCUGAAGAUCCACAUCAAGUUCCGCCACUGUGACGAGCGACCCUUUCCCUGUGACUUCUGUGAGAGCAGCUUUAAGAACCAGCAUGACCUGCGGAAGCACAUGGAGACCCAUAAUGAGGGGGCAGCCUACCACUGCUCUGUAGAGGGCUGUGACUACUCCUCCCGCAUGGCCCACACCAUGAACCAGCACUACAAGAGAGUACACGAGGGUGGAAUGGUCACGAAAUACAAGUGUCAUCUCUGUAACAAAACCUUCUCUUGGUGUUACACACUCACUCUUCACCUGCGCAAGAAACACCACCUGAAAUGGCCCUCUGGACACUCUCGCUUCAGAUACAAGGAGGAUGAAGAUGGCUACCUGAGGCUGAACAUGGUGCGUUAUGAGACAGUAGAGGUGACUCAGGAGAUCAUGAAGAACAUGGCUCAGAAGAGGACGCUCCAUAAGGGCCCCGGGUCCAGCAGCCGAGCCAAGAGAGCUGCCACCCGGGCAGCCAGGAGUCACGGCUCUCCCCCUUCCUCCUCCUCCUCUUGCUCCACCUCUUCCUCAGAGCUCUCUGCAGGGGAGGAGACGUCAGCCCAGCCCAGCCCCAGGGGCAGUGACUCACCUGUGUACUGCGUCCUGAGUAAUGUGUCUGAUAUGGGGGAUGACCCCGAUGCCACCCGGGACGGCUCUUACUCCUGCGGGCCCUCAGGUGCUGUGAGGGCCCUGACUGAGGUGGCCAGGGGUCUGGGGAUGGAUGUGGUGUAAUCACACACACUGACCCUCCUUAUUCUAGUAGUCCAAGUUAACUCUUAACGCUGCCACCAUUGUUGUCUCCAACCUUGAUUCUGUUGACUAAAGUAAUGAUACCAACUUGAAUUGUAUCUUAAUGAAUAGGAAUAUUUCAGCCGAUCAAUGCAGCCAUUAAUAUCUAACGCACUAUGUCAUUCAUUUAUGAAAUGAGCACUUAGCUUUAAAAAAAACAAAAUCAGAUCCAGCAUCUUCUCAGGACCAGUGUUGGAGACCACUAAUGUGGCAAUACUGAAUCUCUCUGUUACAGCUGGGCUGUAUGUAUGAUGGCUGGGCUUAACCUGGGAUGGACUGUUUUAUUAAAGUUCACUAAACGUUAGUAUCUCCAGUUGAGAUGUGACAAGUGGACAAGAAUGUGAAGAUUGUAUUGUAUUAUUUUUAGAACGUGUGUUUUUGUUUGUUAGUGUUUUACAGUAUGAGCUUUAAUGCAGCUUCAGUUUAGUUCUGCCUCAGAAUGUGACCCCAUUGACAGCAGUUUUGAAGUAACUUUUGUGGUGUAGAAGUCUGUCAGGUCGUGUUUUUGAAACUCUUUUCCAUUAAGUCAUAGAUCUUAGGUUUUCCUUUAUUCUGAUGUAAUUAAUGCUAUAGCUUUUUAUUUGACCUAGUUCAUGUUUGUUUUUUACAUUUAAGUUUUGUCAGUUAUUUAUAUUUUUUGUCUGUCCAUUUUAGGAACAGUAACUUGACAAACUCAAGAGUUAGCAACAUUUUAUGAACUCAUUCGUUGGAUCACACUUUUCUGUUUAGCAAUGUCAUUGUUCAUCAAUUUACAGGUGUUUUUAAGGGAUGUAAUUCAACAUAGUAGUUUGUCCUUUAUCUGUGUCAUACAGGCAGUAAUCAGAAUCACAGAAUUUGUCUUGAAGCAGUGCUGAGUUAUAGUUCUAAGGCAAGCAAGCAAGCACAGAGUAGAGUCUUCUGAUUUCUGUCAUUACGAGGUAGUUCUGUGGGGAGCGCAAGACAAGGGGAGAGAGAAGGGGACCAAAGGCGGCAGUGUGCUUAAGAACCCAGGGGGAAGAGUUCUGUUCGGGAGGCUACUCUGGGUGAGACCCACCCUGGAGAUAUGUGACCUGGAAUAGGUGGAGGUCAGGAGGCUGGGAUGUGGGAGAUGGUCGCCCAUGGUGGCAGAAUAGAGGCUGUGCUGGUAGUAUUCCUCUCUGCGCAGGUGCAGAUGCUCUCUUUCCAUGAGGUAAGCCCUCUCCUGCUGCUUCAGGACCAGUGAGGAGUGAUGGGGUGGGUGUGGAAAGCUGUGAUGAGGGUCUCUAUAUGAACAGUCUGCUGCCUCCAACAGUCUGGCCCCCACCACACCAUGCAGAGGAUCAGCCCUCAUGACCAGCUCUGGACAGGAGGAAACGGGGAGGUCCAUACCCCUGUAUACAUCCCACAGUGGGUCUCUUGGGGUGUCCCACGGAAGUGCAUGGUGGGGGAUGAGCCGCAUAUUAGGAGUGCCAACCUGAGUCCGGGCCAGAUUACGUACACUAUUUACUGGGUAGAGCCUUGGAAUAAUGUUCCCUAUGGUCAUGUGCUGCAUCGACAUAGAGGAUGGCGUGAGUGGGACCAGGGAUGGUUUCUCUGUGGGGUCCCUGGGUUGAGGACCUUCAUUGAAAUCCUCCUGGUCAUCCUCUCUCUGCCGCUUAAUCUUCUUGGCCUUUAUGUAGUUCUUACACUCAAGCCUUCUCUUCCUGUCACCUGACUCCCAGUUACGGCUGCCAUUGGAUCGCUGACCAUGUUCCAAGGUCAUUGUCUGAGGAACAGACUUGUCUUCAGCAGGUGAACUGUCAUGAGUCCCUGCAGCAUUGUGGCCUUGGUGUUUCUCCACUAUGUACUGUUUCUCCUCCAUCUUCUCUCUGGGUAGGUGUAGCUGCUGUCCCCAUUCCCUCUCCCUGAGUGUGUCCCUGUCCUGAGGUUCCCUGAUUGAAUCUCUUCCUGGUUGUUCAGGUUCUGUAGAGCGUUCAGGUUGACAUGCAGAGGACGGGGGUGUCUUCUGCUGCCUGCUCCACCACUCAGGAGUUCCUCCUACUUCUCCACUUGGUGCAUUUAGAUUGUCUUUGUGAUAGAUAAUGGGAUAGUCUGUUUUUAAGAGGAGGAAAAAUAAGCAAGUCAAACAAAUGUGUGAGCUUAAACGCAAUUCUCCUUUAUGAUUAUAUUGUCUUUAACAUAAUACUAAACCAACACUGAAGGGAGACUGAAGGUGCUACUCACUUAGUGCCAGGUUUGGCAGUCCACCGACGGUUGUGAGGCUCAGUGAUCCCAAAUCUCCAAAUAAAGGAUGCCUACUGUGUGACUCUGGAGCAGGAGAAUAAUGGAAAAACGCUAUGUUGAGUAAUUUCUCUCUGUUAGACACAGUACUAUAGUAAGACAAGUCAUAUUUUUAAGGAGGUUUAGUCUUUGGUCCCUUUCCUCACCUGGGUUAGAGAGUGGGGUGGAGUACUGAAUAAGGUCCCGCUGAUGGGGGAUGGCUGAACCAGGAGGCUGAGUUAGAAACUCCGGUUUGACACCGAAGUUGAUUGCAUAUGCGUCCACUUGCAUCUUCUGCUGAGAAAUGGAAGGACAGACAGAAAAAUAGCUUCAGUUUGGUUUGGAUACAAAUAAUAUUUAUUAGGUUUCAUACACAUUUUAGUGGAUGUUUAACAUGUUUUCAUACCUUCACUCUCAGCUUAUGGUGGUGGAUCUGCCAUGCAAUGCGGACAUGCAUUGUAUUCCACCUUCCUGGUCUCUGAGAGAACAACCAGUUCAAUAGGUCAGAAUAGAAACAGAACUCAAAACACUUUCCAAAUGAGAACAUUUUGGCAAUGUAUGUAGAUUUAAAAUUAAAUUGCAAAUAAUCAAAAGGA